AUGACAUUGCUCCGAGAAGACCCCAUCCCCGAUCAUCCUGGAAAACGUCAUGUUGUGGAGCUCCUGGACAGUUUUGUUCAUGAAGGCCCCAACGAAUCACACGUCUGCCUUGUCACUGAGCCACUUGGGCGGCAAGUUGAAACGGUACUUUCUGGCCUCUACUUGGAUAAUCCAGCACCUCAUUCACUCUGUCGCAUAUUGUCCAUCCAGGCACUACAGGCUCUUGACUAUCUUCAUCAAAAGAAUAUCAUGCAUGGCGACGUUCACACUGGAAACCUGGUCUUUCGCUUAACAUACGACAUAGACAAUGACACCGAGACAGACAUCAAGGCCAAAAACACGCGAGGAAACGAGCUCAAUGAUCCUGAUGAUCCUUCCACCCUUGAUGACAGAACCAGUAUCACGACAGGGGAUACCGACGCAAACGUUGUCUUAGUCGACCUUGGUGCUUCCAGCAUUCUCGCAGACUCUCCAAGUAACAGCUAUGCCUACCCUAUCCCAUACCGCGCACCUGAAGUGGUAAUGGACACUGGGUCAGUUACAAGCAAAGCGGAUAUAUGGGCUCUCGGCUGUGUUAUUUGGCGGAUCAUUACAGGUAUCCCUCUCUUUGCGCCGGAGGGAUGGGGCGAUAUGGACGCUACGAACGUCGAGCAGAUUGUAAUGUUUGUUGAGCGUUUGGGCCCUGUUCCUGAGACUCUACGGGAAGCAUGGCUCGACUCAGACAAUCACCUAACCCCUGAUGGUCAUCUGAAGAACCCGUUCCUGAAGAAGAAAGGGAGCUCCCGAUUGCAAAAGAAAUCUUGGAGUAUAAGCCUGAAGGUAUGGGGGAGGACGAGGUUUCAGCAUUUGUUGAAUUUUUGGGGCUUAUAUUUUGCUUCGACCCGUGUGAGCGGAGAUCUACGCAGGAACUUCUUCGGCAUCGAUGGAUUACGGAUUGGCCAUAGGAUUGGCCUCGGAGCUGUCAUACUGCUAUCGCUUGAUACAUAA